CUCCCCCUCUCUCUCUCUCUCUCUCUCUCGAAUUCACCUAAUAUUUAUAGCAAUCCAAUUGGUCCCUCUGCUCCUUUGCCAACGAAAAUUGAAAGGCAUAAUCACACCAUGAACACCAAUACUCCUUCUCCUUCUUCUUCUUCACCACCUCAAACAUCACCCACGACCUUUGUGCAGGCGGACAUAAACACCUUCAGGGACCUUGUCCAAAAACUAACCGGUUUAGCCAGUGCCACGCAAAGACUCCCGGUGACAAGAGCACUCCCCUCCUCGAAACCAUCACGUAAUCCCGUUGACUUAACUGGUCCUCGCCGGUCACCUUUCAAGCUCCAAGAGCGAAGGCAUACCUUAACAAAGCUUGAGAUCAAACUUGGCUUGACCUCUCUUAGUAACUCAUCAUCGUCACCAACCCGCCAAACACACCGACUGGACUCACCAGUGACUCCACUUUGUUCAGGAUUUUUUUUCUUCCCGAGCCCAGGAACCGAGUCACCAUCGUCGCCAGCAGUUUUAGAGGAGGAGAAGGCUAUAGCUGAAAAGGGUUUUUACUUUCAUCCUUCGCCUUUGAACACACCAAGAGGGAGCGAGCCACCGGAGUUACUGCCUCUGUUUCCAUUGAGUUCACCGAGCCAAAGUAAUCAAGAUUAGGUGUUGAAAGAAUGUUUAAGGAAGCACUGAACGUAUCUGCCGUAUCCUGCAUGAAGUUCUUGUUCUGGGUUUUAAAGAAUGUUUAAAGCUUGGAAUUUCAGGUUAAAUAUUAUCAAGCACAGAGAAAUAUUUGCCA